GUGUGUAGAUGGAACUGCCGUUCACUGGCUUUGAGCUGACCUUCAUCAUCGUUGCCUUCGUCAUCUUCUCUCUCUUCAGCUUGGCUUCAGUUUACUUCCAACCACAAGCAGCAGAUCCAGAAGACGCUGUCUGCAAAGUAAAGAAGCCAAAGAAAUUGAAUAGAAAGCAGAGAGUGAUCAUGAAGCUGGCUGGGCAGAAGCCAACGUAGCAGUCACAGAUCUCUUGCUUGAUCUGUAGCACCGCAGGAUCCUUUUAUGUACUCUGGAAUUCUUAAAACUACCUGACAGAUUUUAUUUUUUGGUUGAUUAAAAAAUGUCAUUAUGGCAUAUAGUGUUAAGUUUUAUGAAAUAAAGGCUAUACCUAAUUGUUUCCCCCAUGAAAAUGUAGUUGCCCUCUGUGCAGUACCAUCUCAUACAAAUCUUGAAAAUGUCAACUUUAAUAACUAGUAAUGUAUUUACAUGAACACAAUUCAGCAGUGGUGAGAUGUUACAAGACAUAAUUAAGUACAUCCUUAGUUACACUUCAUCAUUGGGGUAAAUAAAUUGUACUUUAAUUGCACUACAUUUUUCAGACAGUUUUUUCCCAAUGCACUUUGUGUAUUUGCAACUACUGCUUUCUGCAGCAUUGAGGUCAAUAUUCAGGGUGGAUACCCAGUUUGUGUGUGCAGAGCAGCCGCUGUGUCUGGGUUAGGAUUUAACAAACCAAGUGACUUUUGGCCCCAUUGGGGGGACAUCCUGGGGAGGUUAGAGACUGCUCCCUGUUGAGUUUGCCCCUUGCCCCCUGAGCCCUCCGUCACUUCUUUGCAGUCGGCCGUCUAGUUGCCAUCACAGAGGGGAGGAGCUACGUCAGAAUAAAGACCAAGUUAAUCAACCAUCGUGAGAUUCUAUCUCUCUCUUCACGGAGAGCAGAAGAAAAAGAGAAAAAUGCCCGGCUCAUUUGUGUUGUCUGAUGUGUGCUGGUGGUCAGGACUGUUUGUGUGUGUAUUGGGUGUUUCAUACUGUUCAUGUGUAUGUGCAUCCAUUGGGGACUGUAUUGGGCAAUUGGAGAUAAAGGGUCUUAAGAGUAAUUAAGCUCUGGCAGGCUGUGGCCCUCAUUAACACUGACGACCUUAUGGCAUAACAACAGAGCAGCUAUCAGUGUAACGACGGCCAACGAACUGACCCAUCAGAUCACAAUCAACACUCGUACACACACAUGCACAGACUGUGGUCAACACCCCAAAAAUCAGACUUCGCGGCACACAACAUCUCUGCUAAUCACUCUUUCACAACACCUUCUUCUGUUUUCCCCUUGAUAGGUGGAUCUUAAGAGAGAACUGCAGUCAAAACAACUUUAAUUAUACUUUUGAAACACUUUCUAUUGUUAACAUUGUAUGUAAACACAUACAAAGUAAAAUUACUACAAAUAAGCCAAAUACUGCAAACAAAGAAAAGUUUUCAAGAUAGAAUAACAAGCUUUCACUAAAUAAAAAAGAGAGAGACAGACACCAUACAUGAUAUACAAGGUGAGAAAUAUCUGAUGUGUAUGUUAAUGUGUGGGAAAUAUGUAUAAAACAUUCUUUUACUUGUAAAUUAUUGUAUGGAAUCUUGUUAAUUGGGUCCACAAAUGUCAGAGAAUGGUAAAUAAGAAAAAAAAAAGCAAUCAUAACUUCCCAGGAGCAUCUGUGACGCAAUACUUUUUCUGUCCGACCAACAUGCUAAAAUGCAACAAUAUUUAGUUACUGUCAUACAUAACAUAACAACACAGACACUAAAUUUCUUAUGACAAAGGUAAACCAGCAGCAUUUCACAUUUUUGCUCUCACAACUCAUCAAUUAUCACAAAGAAUUUAGACCCUUUUCCUAUGCUAACCUCUAGAACAGUUUUUAUACCAUGAAUAUGCUUUUUAUGAAUCACCUUGACAUGAGAAACAGUAACCUAAUUAAAACAGCAAAUAUUUUCUACAUAUUACCGUCAAUUACGUCGUCUAAAACAGGCAAACUUUGAUCUUAGUCAAAAAGUAUCCAAUCAAAAGUUCAAAUAAAAAGGUGAUCAGAAACAGAAACAAACGUUUCAAACAUCUCAGCUGGACAGAUGUCUCAAUUGGAUUCAGCCAGUGAAAAUAAUCCUGUUACUCCAUUACACUGAUGCCAAUAUGAUUCAAGAUCAUCCUUAAAAGAGUUGUGCUGCCCAACUAGGUCUAAAGCAUUAGAGAUAUAUUUCAUGACAAUAUUCUGAUAGCAAACAAUCUAUUGUCUUAAUGUGAAUCAAAUGUUCUUUACAGUCAUCAGUAAUAAUCCAAUUGAACACUGAAGCGAGAUUAUGAUCUAUAACAUUGAAAACAUUUAGGUGGAGCAGCAACAGUAGUUUAAUGACAAAACCACUGAUUGUAGACAAACUAUUGGCUCAAGGUUUAUCAUGUCAUCUUUCCAGGACACUGCUUCUAUUGUUAGCCUUUUAAAGUUAAGCGUUUUAAAUCCCCCCGACUCUUAAAGACUCAUCUCCCUCCAGUAUGAAGAUGAGUGAAGAGAAUAUCUGCCCAGAAUCAAAUACAGCUGUUCUGAAGACUCAGGCUGGAGCAACACCUGACUAGUUUUUUGUCUCUAACUUGUUACCCUUCUGUAUGUAUAUAAGUAUUUGUCUAUGCCAUGAGUUCUUGUGUACAUUGCAGUUUGGUUCAGCAGAGUGGAAAAGAAACAGAGUGUUUUUAUGACUCACUGUUCCUCUAAACAAGUUUUAUCAGAGAGGAAGCUCUUUUAUCUGUUGGUCCUGGUCAGGAUAUGGGAAGAGUGAAAAUUCAGGAGAUGAGGAGAGGCUGAAGCUUCCUCUUUUGUCAUAAAGAUCACAGCUAAUAAUAAGACUCAGACUAUAGUAACAGUAGUAAUUACAGCAAUGGGUUUGCAGCAAAACUCUGUCUGGAGCAACACACUGCAGGGAUGACAGAAAGUUACCACCAGUGUGAUAAAUUCGCUGCAAAUUGGUUACUAAUAAAAAACACUUUUUGGAAAAAGGUUUUUCUUAAGCCUUUAUGACUUAAAAAGACAGCUUAAGAGAGACAAGGAAUGAUGGGAAAAGAAAAUUAGGAUGACAUGCAGCUUAGAGCCAGGGGUGUGGGUCAGACCAUGGGCUAGAGCGGCGAGCACUUCACCUCUGUUUAUGGGGGUGCUAUACAAGCAGAGCGAAUACAGGGAGCCUCAGGAGUAGUGACCACUUUUUAACAUAUAAACAAUCAGGAAAUUUAACGGCACGAUACAGAGCAACUGGCAACACGAUACAUUGUUGGAAACUUAUGAGCUAUUUCAAGUAAACAAUAGACCAAUAGAGCACAGCUCUGGGGUGUUUUUCAGACAAUGUGAUGUGGAAAUAACUUGGAGCAAGGUUCAUCUGUGCAGCGCAGCCCUGCCAAGGCAGUGAUGCAGGUUAACAAGAGGCUUCCCUCUGUUUGUGUGUGUGUGUGUGUGUGUGUGUGUGACUCCCUCGUAGGGGAGUGUUUGAGCCGGCUGGGUAAUCCCUGUAAAGACGUAUAAUCCCCAGGCAGAGCAAAUAUUACAACAUGUUCUGCUCGGUCACAUAAGAAACCUGGUGGGAAGAAUUUGGUAUGAUUCACUUGUUUCUGGUUUGAAAAACAGAAACAGAGAGAGAGAGAGAGAGAGAGCUGGGUAGAAACUGGAGAAGCAGUUGGAUGCAGCGGAAACCAGGUGGCUCUGAAUGACAAUUGAGACAAAAUUAGCAUAUUCAAAUAAGGAAAAUACAAGUUUUUUAAAAGACAAUGGCAGCUGAUAUGCAAAGUGCAGACUACCACUGAAACAAACUACAUACCUCAGCUGAGUAUUUGCAGCAGGAUGAAUGUGUGUGUACAAGAGUGUGUGUGUUGGUACGUUGGCCAAAUCCAUGAGGAAUCUCUGUCAUUUCAAGUAACAUUUUUGCAAACACCAUAAAGCAAUAAAGGUAACAUUUGAAAAGACAUGAUGACACUGACACAUAAACACACAUACACACACAAGCACACAUGCCACUGAAACACCCCACAGACUAAGAGACCUUUUUUGGCUCCUUUUGUCUAAUUUUAAGGCUAAAAGGAGCUGGCGGUCCAGAUGCUUGUUCAAAGUCUCUGAGACUAUUUUUGAGCCCCCUGGUCCAUUAGUGUCCUGCUGUUUCUCUUAAUCCUCAUUCACAUGUAAUGGCUGACAUUUCAUCUUAAUGUGUUAAUUCAUUAGUUGGGUGCUGAAUGGAGACUCAGUCCACAGAGACAGCCGUAAGCAGACACGCUAAUGAGUCCCAACACUUUGCAAAAGCCGCUGGCAACCACAGAGCUAAUGCCAAGUGAACUGGGUUACCUGCUGAAAGAAAAUCCCCUCAUGUACCACCAACUGACAGCCUAAAAAAGUGGGGCUGGGACUAUCUUAAUGUACUUCUAAAAACAAAGUUCCUGUAAGUAGAUUUUUUUUUUUUAACUGUCCUCUAAGAAUUCUAGACAUCACUCUUCAAUUUUGUCUAAAAGAGUCUAAAAUUAAGGGUCAAACCAGAAACUAUAAAAACAAGAAGGAAUUAAACGAGACAUCUGAUGCAAUCUUUUCUUCAUAGUUUUAAAGAUGUGAUACUUUUUUGAAAACAAUUUUACUUAUUCUUAAGACAAUUGAAAGCUUUUUAGGGAAUAAAUAAUUAGGAUGACAACUAGCAUUAGUGGGCAGACAACUUUAUGCUACAUGUACGCUAUUUGCAUUAAAAGAACACUUAUAACUACAAGCCUACGAACACACACUCCCCACAGACAGUCCUGCAGACAGACAGACAGACAGUCCUGCAGACAGACAGUCAGACUUCUUUAAGUAUUGUUAGUCCAAUGCAUCACUGGCUUCAAUUCAUUCGGGACCCUUGCUCCCAAAAUUCUCAGUGCAAACACCCCUCUCCACCAGCACCAAUACCACCCGCCACCCAAAACCCCCAGAUGUGUGUCCUCCUCUGUGCGGGGGUAGGUAGGGGACAAGUGAGGGAGGGGGGGAUCUGGCCUCAAGAGCCUGCCACUUUCAACUGCAGUUUCUCAUAUCUCUGUUCUAAUCUUAUAAGUGAUAUAUCAAAUUUGACUGCUUCUUCCGCUCUCUUUGAAUAUCUCAAUCAUUUAUAGCUGCACACAUAUGAAUGCACACGCAAAAAGGAGCAUGCAGGGGAGUGUGUGUUCAAGGGGCAGUUAGAGGGCAGGGAGGGGGCUUCCUGUCACUUGAAUCACCCUCUACAUGUGGGGUCAAUAUGUGCAAUGCUUUAGUGUGUGUGUGUGUGUGUCAGAGCUUGAGGAGGGGGCUGCUGUGGGAGCCAUUGCACCCUCACCCCCACCCAUACCCGCCCCCCUCCCUCUAGAAAGCUGUAUAAAGGAGAUGGGGGGAAAGGCACCUUUGUCACUUUGCUCUCAGACACAGAGACAAUCACUCUCACUGGACACACAAACACUGGUGGACACACACAUUCCUCUGGGACCUACCCAUCAGUCUCCUGAGAAAAAGAGGGACAUCAGCGGACUGAACUCUGCUGCUGUGUCUUCUGGACUGAAACCGAGAAAGAGAAAAAGAGAAUUAAACAUCCCAGAGCACCACCAAACAGUCCAACUAAGAACCAGUGAGCCUCUAUUAUCAUUGACUGAGCCUUUCAGAAGAUAAAAAGCGGCCUAGCCAUGAAGAUCUUCAACCUGCUGUACCUGCUCUUGCUGCUCGUAGCUGUUGUGGCGCCAAUCUCCUCCGCCAGACCAGAUUUCCUUAACCUGAGAAGAAAAUACCACAGACACCACUGCCCACACAGGCGCUGCUUGCCCCUCCACUCCAGGGUACCCUUCCCCUAAGGUUGAAGCACAACUCUGAGGGUGACCUAAGGAAAGAGAAAAGAAAAACACCACACAAAGGCAGUGUGUGGCCAAAAGCAGGGCCCCAGAACCAAGAACUGUGAACUGGAGCUAAACUAUGGGACACCUUAAAAAGGUCACAACAUGACUAUCAUGUCUUUGCAGCUACAUACAUUCCAACAAAUGCAGAAUAUGUGACGUUAUGGCAUCCCGGUGGCCACUGGUCUGGGUAUGUGUCAAGUUGCAAGCGGCAUCUCCUCUUCUUCACCAGCAGAAGACGGAAAGACAAAGCAAAGACAGAAGGAGCCACAUCAACAUCUGACGUCGACAAUGAACGUAAAAGCUACGGACCAAAGAGCUGGAAACAUCUGAGCGACUGCAGCUAAGAUGAACAGCAACUUCGGAGCAUUCCUUUCAAAGUGUUUAUUGUGGAUGUAUGCACUUCAAAUGUUGAUUGAAUUUUAAAAUUUUAAAAUAAAAAUAUAUCAAUGAA